AUGUGUCAUUAUUGUGCUUAUUUAGCACAUGUUAAAUCAUCUACUUCAUCCAGUCAGAAUUCUUAUUCUUUAAAUUAUUAUCAACAACGUCAAGCACGAUCGUAUAAUUUAACUGUACCAUUCUGUCUUGUUAGUUUAACAUUAUUUUUUGUCUUGCUCAAUAUUACUCUGGUUCUUUCACAAUCUUCACAAAUUCAGCAACAACGAGAUCAAUCGUCGAACAAAAUUCUCGAGGGAAACUCACGAGGUAUAACCAUAUAUUUUCAUGUUUUCGGUGUGAAUACAAAUCUCGAUGAAGAUCAAACUCAAGCGAAGUAUCGUCAAUAUUUAACGACCACGAUGAAGAACAACAACAACAACACCAAUGGAACUCUUCAUCAACCGAAAACGAAACGUUUAACAUUUGAAAAACGCCUUAUUCGUGAUCUACUCGAUAAUUAUCCAACAAUUUAUGCACGACCAAUUCGAAAUGUUUCCGAAACAUUAAUUAUUUCGUUUGGUUUAACUUUAACUCAAUUAUUUGAUUUGGGUUCGACUGGUCAAAAGAUGCAAACGAAUACAUGGAAAACGUUGAAAUGGCAAGAUAUGAAUCUCAUGUGGGAUCCAGAACGAUAUGGAGGCUUAAAGACGGUUUGUCUACCAGCAGAUUCCAUAUGGACGCCGGACGUUGUUUUAGAUAAUUAUGCUGAUGAACGAUUGAAAGAUUGGCGUGAAAUUUCUGCUGUUAUACAACAUACAGGUGAUAUUCUCUAUGUACCCGCAACAAUGCAAUUUAGUGUUUGUUUUCUUGAUAUAACGAACUUUCCUUACGAUAUGCAUGAAUGUCCAUUGACAUAUCGUUCGUGGACAUAUGACUUAUCAAAAUUAGAGCUUGUGUUCAAAGAUGAUCUAUUUGGCAUCGACAUGACGGCGUACGUUGACUCAAAUGAAUGGAGAGUUAAGCCACUGGAAGCGAAGAAAACUGUCACGAACGACACAUUCUCAUUAUUAACGUUUACAAUGAACAUUCAACGGAAAGGCGGCCUGUAUGGCUAUAUUUUGAUAUUACCGUGCUUAUUAUUGUCCGCAGCAACUAUGGUCGUCUUUUGGAUUCCACCCGAAUCACCAGCAAAGAUGAUUUUAACUAUUUCAAUUUUCUCGGGAUUGUUUCUUCUAUUACUGCUGCUAGCUGAAUCUAUACCUGGUGGUGGUGGUACACCUCAAAUUGGCUAUUAUUAUUGCAUGAAUAUGGUUGUUGUUUCCGUAACAGCUGUUCUUGCGACUAUUGUCAUACAUAUCUACAUACGAGGCGAUCGCCGGCAAUGUGUUCCUCCAUAUAUACGUCGUCUAUUCCUUCAAACAUUAGCUCGAGCUUACUGGAUGGUUCCGAAAACACCGCCAAAUCCGCCUAGUACUAUUACAUCGCGAUUCGGUUCGCCAACCCCUGGCGCUCUUCUCUUACCCGAGCAGAUAUUUCUAACGCCGCACUAUCAUGAAGAGGAGUUUUCGAAAAAACUUAAAUUGUUAAAACAGCGUUUUCACGAUUUUCAUCGACAGCAACAGCAGAAAACACUGGCGUCAUCUCCUACCAAUGCUAUGACGAACGAAACCAUUGCCGCACUAACCGUCAAUUUACGUUCGAUUGAAAACGAUCUAAAAGAAAUUCGAGACUAUCUCAGACACAUGAAGAAGAAAGUUGAAGAUAAUGCUCAAUCGAAUAAAACCCAUGAUGAUUGGAAACAAGUAGCAUUAGUACUCGAUCGAACAUUCUUCUUUGCUUAUUGUUUCUGGUUGAUUCUUUCUCUAAUCAUCAUGUUUCCAAAAACAAGUAGUAUAUCGAAAAAUGUAUGGUCAUCGCCGACAACACCAGCUGUUACUAAUGUUACAACUAAUCUAAGCAACUACACAUUACUGUAA